AUGGCGGCACCCAACCUGUUGGGAUCCCACCCCACGUUCUUAAUCUUGGUGGGGAUACCUGGGAUGGAGUCUCACACCUGGAUCUCAAUCCCAGUCUGCAUGAUGUACUCUGCUGCCCUUCUUGGGAACUUGGUCCUGCUGGUCACCAUCGCGAAGGAGCGCAGCCUUCGUGAGCCCGUGUACAUCUUCCUGUGCAUGCUGGCAGUGUGCGACCUGCUGUUGUCCACUGCCACCGUGCCCAAAACCUCCAGCGUCCUCUGAUCUCUGCCCACCCAAAUCUCUUUCAGUGGCUGCCUGGCACAGAUGUUCUCCAUCUAUUUCGUUUUUGUGGCAGAGUCGGCCAUUUUACUGGCGAUGGCCUUUGAUAGAUACAUCGCCAUUUGCAAUCCCCUGCGAUACACGGCCAUCCUGACACACUCUGUUGUGGGGAAAGUUGGCGUGGCAGCUUUAAUCAGGAGUUUCUGCAUCAUGUUCCCUGCCAUCUUCCUCCUCAAGCGGCUGCCCUACUGCGGGCACAACAUCAUGCCCCACACCUACUGCAAGCACAUUGGCGUGGCCUGCCUGGCCUGCUCUGACAUCUCCAUCAACAUCUGGUAUGGGGUAGCUGCUGGCUUCCUUUCAGCCGGCUUGGAUGCCAUCUCCAUCACCAUCUCCUAUGCGCUGAUCUUCAGGUGCCUCUGGGGACUGCCGUCCCCACACACCUCCCCCAAGGCUCUGCACACCUGCGGCUCCCACCUCUGUGUUAUCACCAUGUUUUACACGCUGGCCGCCUUCUCCUUCCCAGCACAGUGGUUCAGCCAGCAUGUUCCUCGGCAUGUCCUCAUCUCCUUAGCCAACCUCUGUGUCGUGGUGCCACCCGUGCUCAACCCCAUUGUCUAUGGGGUGAGAACAAGGCAGAUCCAGGAGCACGUGGCUCACCUGCUCAGCAAGAAGAGCAAAAGCCUGCAUUUUGAGUUGUGGACAUCUUUGGAUCAUGAGCACCAUCUGGAGAAUUUCCUCUACAUAAGUGCAAUAGAGGAGUCUAAAACAUCUGCCCAGUAUCACAGCUUUUUUUCCCCCACGCUAAACCCCAUCAUUUAUGGAAUGCCCAACGGCCAGCUCAGAGGAGCCACCCGCACAGCAAAAGCCCGUGGUUUCCACCCCGGCACCAUCCUGCUCCAUGAUCCUGACCUCCACCAUCGCAUGGUCACUGUGGCCAAGGCUGCCUCCUAUGUUCACAUCCCUGACCAGUUCAACCUUGUUUCCAAGUAUCAGGACUGCGAACUCCACCAGUGCAUGAUCACUGCAGCCCAGGCUGCCUCCAAUCUUGAUGUCACCAAUUAG